CGACGAUAAGAUCAUUAUUUAAUGUAGGCACUCUAUUUUUUUCUCGCUCCUGGAUUUUCUUGCCGCCCCUUGCUUUACAAUGAACUAUGUUUGUCGGAGCCGACUCACAAAUUCAGGCCAACUUGAUUGCGCGCGUGAUAUAUCAUCUCUUACCCCAGACCCACGUCAUGCGGGGCCUCAUUACAAUGCUGUCAAGGCUAGCAUCAUCUUCAAGGCGACGAUGGACUCGGAAUCUGACCAUGUCUUCAGUGGAAGGGUCCCUUCAUCCACCGCUGUGCCACAAGACACUACCCGACUACUUCGCCUCCGAAGUCCUGCCAAAACAUGCUACGAAACCGGCUUUGAUAUGCAGGAAUGAGCACGCUUGUUCUCUUGGAGGUCCUCUCUUGGCCAAUCUCGGCGUAGAGUCCCACUUGGCUUGGGAUUUUGCGGAUUUCGACAGGUGCAUUAGCUCUGCUGCUCGGGGUCUCUUGGUCAUGGGUAUCCAGAAGGGCGAUCGUGUGGGAAUUCUCAUGGGGAAUAACAGCGCCUAUGCGAUUCUUCAAUGGGCUUGUGCGUCUAUUGGAGCUAUUCUCGUUACCAUCAACCCGGCCUACCGGGUGAACGAGUUUGCGACUGCUUUGAGACACGUGGGCGUCAAGCAUCUCUUCGUCGUUCCCCGGAUUCGCUCGUCAGCAUAUAUCCAACUCCUAGUAGAGCUUUUCCCUUCGAUACGAAGCGCUCAUCCAGGAGAGAUACAAGAGGAAGAUCUGCCGAAUCUACGUAAUCUAGUCGUCGUUGAUAACGAAGAGUCAUGCAAAGCUGAAUUAGACGCGCUUGAGGUGAAGUCACUUAUAGAUUGGCGUGAAGUAUUCGUAUGGCGGCAAGAUAGAAUCGGCCUGGAUCAACAACGUCAGCUUGCAACGAAAUCCCUGCACAAAGACGAGGUCAUUAAUUUGCAGUUCACUAGUGGCACGACUGGGUCUCCAAAGGCUGUGUCGCUAACUCAUCACAAUUUAUUAAAUAAUGCUCUUUCGGUAGGCAAGUGCAUGCGUUUGACAGACCAGGAUAUCGUCUGUAAGUUCUACUUUGCUUAUUUCUCAACCCCACGUCUUGUCUUGGGUAAUCUCGCAACAUGGUCUUAUGGAGCAGGUGUUGUCUACCCGUCAGAAAUAUUUGAUCCAGUUGCUAUUGUGGAUGCCAUAAUCGAGGAGAAAUGCACAGCGUUGCAUGGUGUACCUACUCAUUUCCUCAGGAUGUUGGCAGAGAUCGACGAGAGACGUGCUCGAGGGGAAGAGCCAGACACCAGGAGUCUGCGGACUGGAAUUGCGGCCGGGUCACCGAUACCUAUAGCCUUAAUGCAAGAACUCAUCGCCAAACUGAAUCUCGUAGAUCUGACGAAUGCGUACGGGAUGACCGAAACAAGCCCUGUAUCAUUCCAAACAACGCCCGAAGAUCCUAUCGUCAAGCGCGUUGAAACUGUAGGGAAAGUACAACCACAUGUUAGAGCAAAGAUAAUUGAUACGGACGACCAAAUCGUUCCUGUGGGUACCCCCGGACAAAUUUGUGUUGCGGGGUAUCUGGUACAGAAGGGGUACUGGGAGGACGAUGCACAGACCGCUCAGGUUAUGCAAAGGGACGCCAGCGGGACGCUGUGGAUGCAUACCGGCGAUGAGGGAAUCAUGGACGAGGAGGGAUAUUUGAAGAUCGUGGGCAGAAUCAAGGACAUCAUCAUACGAGGCGGAGAGAACUUGUUCCCGGUUCAGAUCGAAAAUGCCUUGACGACUCAUCCAGGUAUCCAUGAAGCUGCUGCGGUAGCCGUGCCUGAUACCCAAUAUGGGGAGGUCGUUGGGGCUUGGAUUGUUCGCGCGCCGGGACACGAUGACAUUUCAAAGGAGGAAGUUCGCAAGGCGGUUUCUGAUGCGAUGAAUCCUCAGAACGCUCCAGCAUGGGUUUGGUUUACGGAUGAGCUUCCGAAGAUGGCGAGCGGAAAGGUCAUGAAGCACAUUUUGCGAGAUCGGAGUAAGAAGUUGUUGAAAGACAAUGAUGGAUGGGUAGAGAGGCGAUGACGUUAUGGAACGACAGCUCAUGCAGCACAUACUGUAGCUUCUCUUAAAGCGAGCAUUUUCCGGU